AUGUUUGCAGCGCAUGCGUAUUCCUCGUUCUUCGGAUGCCGGACAGUGAGGGUUCUCUUCAUGAGGGCUUCUGGGGUUCACGUUGCUGUGUCAUCUCGACUGAAGUUACAUCAGCGAUUUCACACUGGGGAGAAGCCGUUCGCCUGCUCAGACUGUGGAAAGGGAUUCACUCAGUUGUCCAACCUACAGUGUUACCAGCGAGUCCACACUGGGGAGAAGCCAUUCACAUGCUCUGAAUGUGGAAAGGGAUUCACUCAGUCAUCCAACCUACAGAGUCACCAGCGAGUCCACACUGGGGAGAAGCCAUUCACCUGCUCUGAAUGUGGGAAGGGAUUCACCCAGUCAGCUAAACUGAAGGAGCAUCAGCGAGUUCACACUGGGGAGAAGCCAUUCAUUUGCUCUGAAUGUGGGAAGGUAUUUGCUCGGUCAUCUGAACUGAAGUUACAUCAGCGAGUUCACACUGGGGAAAAGCCGUUUACUUGCUCUGAGUGUGAGAAGGUAUUUUCUCGGUCAUCUGAACUGAAGUUACACCAGCAAAUUCACUCUGGGGAGAAGCCAUUCACUUGCCCUGAAUGUGGGAAAGGAUUUGCUCGGUCAUCUGAACUGAAGUUACAUCAUCGAGUCCACACUGGGGAGAGGCCAUUCACCUGCUCUGAAUGUGGGAAGGGAUUCACUCACUCGUCCAACCUACAUAGACACCAGCGAGUUCACACUGGGGAGAAGCCAUUCACAUGCUCUGAAUGUGGGAAAGGAUUCACCCAGUCAUCUGAACUGAUGCUACAUAAGCGAGUUCACACUGGGGAGAAGCCGUUCGCCUGCUCUGAAUGUGGGAAGCAAUUUGCACAGUCAGCUAAACUGAAGGAGCAUCAGCGAGUUCACACUGGGGAGAAACCAUUCACCUGCUCUGAAUGUGGGAAGAGAUUUGCUCGGACAUCUGACCUGAAGUCACAUCAGCGAGUUCACACUGGAGAGAAGCCAUUCACUUGCUCAGACUGUGGAAAGGGAUUCACUCACUCGUCCAACCUACAGAGACACCAGCGAGUUCACACUGGGGAGAAGCCGUUCACGUGCUCUGAAUGUGGGAAGGGAUUUACCGAUUCAUCUCAACUGAAGUUACAUCAGCGAAUUCACUCAGGGGAGAAGCCGUACACUUGCUCAGAAUGUGGGAAGGUAUUUGCUUGGUCAUCUGAACUGAAGUUACAUCAGCUAGUUCACACUGGAGAGAGGCCGUUCCGCUGCUCUGAAUGUGGGAAAGGAUUCAUUCGUUCAUCUCUGCUCUUGAGAUAUAAGCAAAUUCACACUGGGGAGAAGCCGUUCAUCUGCUCAGAAUGUGGAAGUGAUUCACCCAUUCAGCUCAAAUGAAGGAACAUCAGUGACUUCACACCGGGGAAUGGCCAUUCACCUGCUCUGAAUGUGGGAAGGGAUUCAUUAAGUCAACCCAAUUCAAGAAACAUUAGUUUGUUCACACUGGGGAGAAGUCAUUCACAUGCUCUGAAAGUGGGAAGGGAUUCGCUCAGUCAUUCAAAUUUGUGAGGCACUACCAAAUUCACACUAGGGAGAAACUGUUCACCUGCUCAGAUUGUGGGAAGGAAUUCACUCAGUUAUGAGACUUCAAAGUACAUCAGAAAAUUCAUACUGGGGGAUGCCACUCACCUGUUCUGAAUGUGGGAAAGGAUUCACUCAGACUUCUUAAUUAAGAUUCUAAGAUAUAGGAGCAGAAGUAGGCCAUUUGGCCUUUCAAGUCUUCUCUGCCAUUCAGCCAUGGGCUGAUCCAAUCAUCCCCACUCCUCUGCUUUCACCCCCAUCCCCUUUGAUGCUGGGGCUAAUCAAGAACCUAUCUAUCUAUGCCUUAAAUACACCGAAUGACUUGGCCUUCACUGUUGCUCGUGGCAACAAAUUACACAGAUUUACCACCCUCUGACUAAAGUGAUUUCUCCUCAUCUCUGUUUUAAAUGAACAUCCUUCAAUCCUGAAGUUGUUCCUUCUUUCCUAGACUACCCUACCAUGGGAAAUAACUUUCCCAUAUCUAAUCUGUUAAGAGCUUUUAACAUUCGGAAUGUUUCAAUGAGAUCACCAUCUCCCUCCCCGCCAACCCCCCCCCCCCCCAAAGUUUCUCCUGAAAUCCAGGGAAAACAGCCCAAGAGCUGCCAGAUGCUUCUUGUACAGUACUCCUUUCGUUCCUAGAAUCAUUCUUGUGCUGUCCAAUGUCACGACAUCCUUCCUAAAAUAAGGGGCCCAAAACUGCACACAAUACUCCAAGUGUGGUCUAAUGAGCGCCUUAUAGAUCCUCAACAUCACAUCCCUGCUCUUAUAUUCUAUACCUCUAGAAAUGAAUGCAUUCGCCUUCUUCACCACCAACUCAAUCUAGAGGUUAACCUUUAGGGUUUCCUGCAUAAGUACUCGCAAGUUCCUUUGCAUCUCUGCAUUUUGAAUUCUCUCCUGAUAUAUAUAAGCAUCUGCCUGUUUAUUUCUUCCACCAAAGUGCAUGACCAUACACUUUCCAACAUCAUAUUUCAUUGGCUACCUCUUUACCCAUUCCCUUAAACUAUCUAAAUCUCUCUGCAGGCUCUCUGUUUCCUCAGCACUAUCCACUCCUCCACCCAUCUUUGUAUCAUCAGCAGAUUUAGCCACAGAUCUAUUAAUCACAUAGUCGAAAUAAUUGACAUACAGCGUAAAAAGCACUGGUCCAAACACCGACCAUUGGAACUCCAGUUGUAACCGGCAGCCAGAAUAGGAUCCCAUUAAUCCCACUCUGUUUUCUGUUGAUCAGCCAAUGCUCCACCCAUGCUAGUAACUUCCCUCCAAUUCCAUGGUCUCUUAUCAUGCUAAUAGCCUCAUGUGCAGCACGUUGUAAAAGGCCCAAUGAAAAUCCAAGUACACCAUAUGUACUGCAUCUCCUUUGUCUACCCUGCUUGUAAUUUCCUCAAAGAAUUGCAGUAGGUUAGUCAGGCAGGACACACAAAAUGCUGGUGGAACACAGCAGGCCAGGCAGCAUCUAUAAGGAGAAGCACUGUCAUCGAAGGGUCUCGGCCCGUAAACACUGGGUGACAGUCAAGAGAGGCAAGGGGAGCAGACAGAGAGAGAAGAGCACCCCUGUGACCGUUCCCAUCAAAAAUAAAUAUACCGUUUUGGAUACUGUUGGUGGGAAUGACCUACCAGGAACAAGCUGCAGUGGUCCUGUCUCUGGCACUGAGGUUGGACUCUUGACUAGGAAGUGGAGGAGGGAAGAGAAGAGAGCGGUAUUGAUAGGGGAUUCUAUAGUCGGGGGGCAGAUAGGAGAUUUUGUGGGGAAGAUCGGGAGUCUCAGAUAUUAUGUAGCUUCCCUGGUGCUGGGGUCCGAGACAUCUAAGAUCGGGUGCAGGUUAUUCUCAAGAGGGAGAGCAAGAAUCCAGUUGUUGUGGUCCAUGUAGGGACCAAUGACGUGGGUAGGAUGAGUGAGGGGGUCCUGCGUAGGGAGUUCAGGGAGUUAGGUGCGAAGCUGAAGAGCAGGAUCUCCAGUGUAACAAUCUCAGGAUUGCUACCUGUGCCAUGUGCGAGUGAGGCAAGGAACAGAAGGAUUAUAAAGAUUAAUACGUGGCUGAGAGGAUGGUGCAGGAGAGAGGGCUUCUGGUUUGUAGAUAAUUGGGCUUUGUUCCAGGGAAGGUGGGAUCUGUUCCGAAGGGACGGUUACACCUGAACCGGAGUGGUACUAACAUUCUUGCAGGGAAGUUUGCUAGUGCUUCAUGGGGGGUUUAAACUAAAUUUGCAGGGGGCAGGGAUCCAGAAUUCGUGAGAGGAUAGUGAGAGGGAGAAUAAAGGACAGGUGGGGACUACAUGGUUCUGGAAUAUUAAGUGUGUAGUUGAGGAAGGUGGGGCGGAACAAGUGAUAAGGAGGACUCAUGUACAGAGGGAUGGUCUGACGGAACAUGGAGUUAAAUGUGUUGAAAGAAUAAGUAAAUUUAGGAAGGACAACAAAAUUCUAGGGGUGUAUAGCCCGAUGGGAGUUCAGGGAGCUGGGUUAAGCACAAUAGGCAGUGAUUCAAACAGAGAGAGCAGAAAUGGGCUAAAAAUUCUAUAUCUGAAUGCACAAAGUGUCAGAAAUAAGGCGGAUGAGCUUGAAGCUCAGGUGCGAAUGGUUAACUAUGAUGUUGUUGGGAUAACGGAGACAUGGCUGCAGGGAGAUCAGACCUGGGAAAUGAAUGUACAAGGGUAUACAUGCUAUCACAGGGACAGAAAUGUGGGCAGAGGGGGUGGGGCAGCCCUGUUGGUGAGGAAUGAGAUUCUGUCCUUUGCAAGGGGGGACAUAGAGUCAGGAGAAGUAGAGUCUGUGUGGAUAGAACUGAGGAACAGUAAGGACAAAAGGACCCAAAUGGGUGUUGUCUACAGGCCACCAAACAGUAGCAUGGAUAUUGGGUGGAAGUUGAAUAGGGAGUUAACAUUGGCAUGUGGCAAAGGUAAUGUUGCAGUAGUUAUGGGGGAUUUCAAUAUGCAGGUGAACUGGGAGAAUCAGGUUGGUGUUGGACCACAGGAUAAGGAGUUUGUAGAGAGCCUACGGGAUGCAUUCUUGGAACAGCUUGUACGAGAGCCGACCAGGGACAAGACUAUUCUGGAUUUAGUGUUGUGUAAUGAACAGGAUUUGAUAAGCGAUCUUGCAGUAAAGGAGCCAUUAGGAGGAAGUGAUCAUAAUAUGAUAAGCUUUUAUCUGCAAUUUGAGAAGGACAAGGGCAGAUCGGAUGUGUCAGUGUUGCAGAUGAACAUGGGAAACUAUGGAGCCAUGAGGGAGGAGCUAGCCAAAGUUGACUGGACGAAUAGCCUAGCAGAAAAGACAGUGGAACAGCAAUGGCAGGUAUUCUUGGGAAUAAUGCACAAGGUGCAAAGUCAGUUCAUCCCCCAGAGAAGGAAGGAUUCAAAGGGGGGAAAGGGGCCACAGUGGUUGACAAAGGAAGUCAGAGAAUGCAUAGCAUUAAAAAAAAGGAAAUAUGACAGAGCUAAGGUGAGUGGGAGGACAGAUGAUUGUGAAGUUUUUAAGGUACAACAGAACUUAACUAAAAAGACAAUACGGGGAGAAAAAAUGAGGUACGAACGCAAGCCAGCCAGGAAUAUAAAUGAAGAUAGCAAAAGCUUUUUUUAGGUAUGUGAAGAAAAAGAAGAUAGUUAAGAACAAUGUUGGGCCCUUGAAGAAUGAAUUGGGUGAAAUUGUUAUGGGAAACAGAGAAAUGGCAGAAGAAUUUAAUGAUGAGUACUUUAGAUCUGUUUUCACUAAGGAAGACACAAGCAAUCUCCUAGAUGUAUGGAUGCGCCAAGGACAUAGGGUAACAGAGGAAAUUAAACAGAUUGACAUUCGGAAGGAAACAGUGAUGAGAAGACUGAUGGGACUGAAGGCUGACAAAUCCCCAGGUCCAGAUGGUCUGCAUCCUAGGGUACUAAAGGAGGUGGCCCUGGAAAUUGCGGAUGCAUUAGUAAUCAUUUUCCACUGUUCUUUAGAUUCAGGAUCACUUCCUGAGGGUUGGAGAAUAGCUAAUGUUAUCCCACUUUUUAAGAAAGGAGGGAGGGAGAAAACAGAACUAUCGACCUGUCAGCCUGACAUUGGUGGUGGGAAAGAUGCUAGAGUCCAUUAUUAAGGAUGAAAUAGUGGCAUAUCUAGAUAGCAGUGAUAGGAUUGGGCUGAGCCAGCAUCGAUUUACCAAGGGUAAAUCAUGCUUGACUAAUCUAUUGGAGUUUUUCGAGGAUGUAACCAGGAAGUUAGACGGGGGAGAUCCAGUGGAUGUAGUGUAUCUCGAUUUUCAGAAGGCAUUUGAUAAGAUCCCACAUAGAAGAUUGGUGGGUAAAAUCAAAGCUCAGGGCACUGGGGGGAAGGCUUUGACAUGGAUAGAAAACUGGUUGGCAGAUAGAAAGCAAAGGGUAGCGGUGAAUGGGUGUUUCUCGGAAUGGCAGGUGGUGACUAGUGGGGUGCCACAGGGCUCAGUAUUGGGACCACAGCUGUUUACCAUUUACGUUAAUGAUUUGGAUGAAGGCAUAGGAAAUAACAUCAGCAAAUUUGCUGAUUAUACUAAGCUGGGUGGCAGUGUGAAUUGAUGAGGAUGUUAGGAGAAUUCAGGGUGACUUGGAUAGGCUGGGAGAGUGGGCAGAUACUUGGCAGAUGGCGUUUGAUGUGAAUAAGUGUGAGGUUAUCCACUUUGGUAGUAAGAACAGGAAGGCAGAUUAUUAUCUGAACUGUGUAGGGUUGGGUAAGGGAGAAAUACAAAGAGAUCUCGGAGUCCUUGUUCAUCAGUCACUGAAGGUGAAAGAGCAAGUGCAGCAGGCAGUGAAGAAGGCUAAUGGAAUGUUGGACUUUAUUACAAAGGGAAUUGAGUACAAGAGCAAGGAAGUCCUCUUGCAUUUGUACAGAGCCCUGGUGAGACCACACCUGGUGUAUUGUGUACAGUUUUGGUCUCCAUGGUUAAGGAAGGACAUCCUGGCUGUAGAGGAAGUGCAGCGUAGAUUCACGGGGUUAAUUCCUGGGAUGUCUGGACUGUCUUACGCAGAGAGGUUAGAGAGACUGGGCUUGUACACGCUGGAAUUAAGGAGAUUGAGAGGGGAUCUGAUUGAAACAUAUAAGAUUAUUAAGGGAUUGGACAAGAUAGAGGCAGGAAAUAUGUUCCAGAUGCUGGGAGAGUCCAGUUCCAGAGGGCAUGGUUUGAGAAUAAGUGGUAGGUAAUUUAUGACAGAGUUAAGGAUAAACUUCUUCUCCCAGAGAGUUGUGGGGGUCUGGAAUGCACUACCUCGGAAGGUAGUGGAGACCAGUUCUCUGGAUGCUUUCAAGAAGGAGCUAGAUAGGUAUCUUAUGGAUAGGGGAAUCAAGGGAUAUGGGGACAAGGCAGGAACCGGGUAUUGAUGGUAAUUGAUCAGCCAUGAUGUCAAAAUGGCGGUGCAGGUUCGAGGGGCCGAAUGGUCUACUUCUGCACCUAUUGUCUAUUGACAUCAGAAAUGUCCUUCUUCAAAGAAUCCAUCUUUGUUGUUGAUAUCACUCCCAAAGGCUCUGUUUCCUUAAAAUCCUCCUUUACACCGUCCCCCAGUUUCCUUAACACUGAUGGAGUCCCUCUUGUCUGUAACUGGAACCCAUUAGAAUCCAACACAGGAUUCUCCGCAACUUCUGACCCCACCAAACUCACCCUUACCUCCCCUCCCCGCACCAAAUUUCUGCUUUCUGCAAGGAUUCCAUUCGACUCUCCCCACUAAUCUCCCUCCUUGAGCUUAUCCCUACAACUGAGGGGAGUUCUACACACUCCCAUUUACUUCCUCCCUCAGCCCCAUUCUGGAUCACAAACAGUCUGUCGAGGUGAGGUAACACUUCACCUGUGAGUCUGUCAGAUGGAUCUACUGUAUUUGAUGCUCCCUUUGCGGCCUCCUGUACAUCAGUGAGACCCAAUGUAGAUUGGAAGUCCACUUUGUCAAGUACAUUAGCUCUGUCUGCAACAAACGGAAUUUCCUGGUCUCCAAAUAAGUGUAAAUCUGCAGAUGCUGGAUAUCCAAGCAAGGCACACAAAUACUUUUCAAUUAUUUCAAGUUCUCUGGCCCUGAUAAUCUUAUAGUUCAUAUACACCUCCACCUCCUGCCAGAAAAGCCACAGAGCUCUCAGUCCAUCUGGACACAGACUCAUCGAGUUCCCCUUCACCACCACUCUCCUGCUGUUUGUUUCACUUGUCUUCUUUCUUUGAGCUGAGCUCCACCAUCACUUUUACUGUCAUCUUGCAGUAAUCUGGUGUUGGUCACGUGUGAAUGAUUUGUAGGAGAAAGUAAAUGGAAAGUGAGGUUGUGGAUGAUACUAAGCUGGUCUGUGGUGAAAGUGAGGGUUGUCUGAAGUUACAGUGGGAUGGAGAGCAGCUGGGAAAGUUGUCCAAGUGAUUGCAAGUGUUUCUCAAAAACAUUCUCAGGAGCUGAAAUAAGACCAUAAUUCAUCAUUCAUAAUUAUGAAUUCUUCAUUCAGAUGAAGAGACAGCUUCCCUUGGGGCUUUGGAUUCAAUCAGAAAAGACUGGUGCACUAAAGUUCAGUUCAUCAGGUUGGAGGGUACCAAGAUAGAAUAUAAGGUCUCACUCCUCCAUCCUGAGCGUGGCGUCAUCAAUUAGGGGAACAAUUCUUCGAGCAGAUUAGCACCAUCGGUCAGAGGCAGAACUUCUCAGUGCCAAUCAUUUUAAUAGUGAUUUUCAUUCCCAUUCUGACCUGUCGAUCCAUGGCCUCCUCUUGUGUCUUGAUGAGACCACCGUCAGCUUGGAAGUGAACACUUUAUAUUUGGUCUGAGUACUCCAACCUGAUGGCAUGAUUAUUGAUCUCUCCUUCCGAUAAACAAUAUCCACAUCCCGUCUUCCGCUAUUCCCCACUCUGACCUUUCACUUGCCCUGGGUCCCCUCCUCCUUUCCUCUCUACCAUAGUCCAUUCUUCUCUCCAACCCUUGACCUUUCCCAACCAACUAGCUUCACCUGUCACUUUCAAGCGAACCUCUUUCUUCUCCCCAUUUUUUUGUUUUAAAUUCUGCCGCCUUCUGGGUACUUCCAGCACCCAGAAGCAUAUGUGAUGCGUACGCAUCAGUGCCUUUUUCUCACUGUUAAAAUCAAGUAGGAGGUACAGAAGCCUGAAGGCACACACGAGGCAAUUCAGGCUCUCCGUUGUACAGGGCACAGAUGUUAUUGUCACUGGUGAACUGCGACUGAGGGACAAUUACUGUGAGAUCCGGACACAGUAUGGCUCCGUGCCCCGGGCAGCCUCGGUCCUUUCCCUCUCAUUCGGCUCCACAAUCCGUACACAGACCCCGGGAAGCUUUCUGCAGAAUGAUGAGCUUUUGCUAUCGCUAUUCCUAUGGCAUAUGGUCAUCGCUGGGUCCAUAGCGCAUAAAAGGGUCUCUUGAUUGUGGGGUCUUCUGGGUAAAGACACAGCCAUAUGUGACACACUACCUGCGCCUUCUGUGCCAGUAUAUAGAAGUGUUUCGAAGUGCAGGUGGAGGGAAUGUUUGUGGAUGGGUUUACAAGCACUGCCAAGCUAGUUAUCUAUUAGUAAUAAUGUAAUAAUAAAAAAUUAUUUCUUC